AUGGUGAACCUACGAUUCGGCACAGCCCUUGCUGCAGUCGUCCUAACACUUCUUGUCUUCCUGCAACUACUGGCUAUAGUUCAGCACAAUGAACAAGUCCCGGAAUUCAGCUUUACUCAGAACUUCAACCAGUGGAGAAGUCGGGCUAAUACUGCCGCAACUAGCGAUGGUCUAUUUCUAGUGGGCGCUGGAAAGGCCGACGUUACAGGACCUGUAGUUGAGGUUGAUUUUAAUGGCUACGCUAGCCUCAAUCAACUGGGCACGGGUCUGCAACAAAGAAUUUACUCGCGCGCAUUCAUCUUUGCAGACCCAAAUAACCAAAAUGAUACCUUCAUUUACUUGGUUCUUGAUACUCUCGCCGGUGAUACCGCGGUGCGACACGGAGUCUUGCAGGGACUCGCCGCACUUGGCAAUGACUACGCCCGAUAUGGCAAACACAACAUCGCUUUAACAGGAACACACUCUCAUUCUGGACCGGGUGCAUGGAUGAACUACCUUUUGCCUCAGAUUCCGACCAAAGGAUUCAAUAAACAGAGCUAUCAGGCAAUUGUGGAUGGUUCAGUCCUAUCAAUCCAACGUGCUCAUGGGAAUCUCGCUCUGGGACGUCUUUCAUUUGGCUCUAUCGAGCUAGAGGAGGCCAACAUCAAUCGUAGUCCAUAUUCAUAUGACAAGAACCCGGAAGAAGAAAAGGCACGUUAUUCGACAAAUGUGGACAAGACGAUGACAUUGCUUCGUUUCGACCGUCAGUCCGAUAAUAAGACUUCCGCUGUCCUGACUUGGUUUCCUGUCCAUGGAACAUCUAUGUAUAACAACAAUACUUUGGUGACAGGAGACAACAAAGGAGUUGCCGCCUAUCUCUUUGAGCGGAGCAUUAGUGGGGACCCUAGGUUCGCGGAUGAUGUGGUCAUCGGUUUCUCUCAGUCGAAUGUCGGAGACACAAGCCCCAACAUCUUGGGUGCCUGGUGCGAGGAUGGUUCUGGACAAAUGUGCUCAUACAAGGAUAGUACUUGUGGUGGCACAAAUGAGAACUGUCACGGCAGGGGUCCUUUCUUUCGCGUCAAGGACAACGGAGCCAAAAGUUGUUUUGAAAUCGGCCGGCGUCAAUACUCGGCGGCUAAAACACUCUACAACCAGAUGAGCUCUAACUCAUCAAUCAUCGCAGGUGACUCAAGCGUGAAGUCUUUUCAUGUGUUCAAGGAUUUGAAUGGUUACACUUUUCCAUCUCCGUUCAACGGCAGUACAUUGAAAACAUGUCCUGCAGCACUGGGAUAUUCAUUCGCGGCUGGAACUACAGACGGACCAGGUGCAUUUGAUUUUACACAGAAUGCGACCGGUCCUGCCACUGGUAACCCUCUUUGGAAGGUUGCUCGGGCGUUUAUUCAUCAGCCCAGUGAAGAGCAGCAAGAGUGUCAAGGUGCCAAGGAUAUUUUAUUGGACGUUGGGACCCUCACAUUACCAUAUUCCUGGGCUCCAGAUAUCGUCGACAUUCAGCUACUUCGAGUGGGUCAACUGCUUAUCAUUGUCUCAACCAGUGAAGCCACAACGAUGUCAGGUCGUCGUUGGAAAGAAGCGAUCGCGCAAGGUGUUCAAGACAAGUUGGGAAUAUCAGAUCCUCAGGUAGUGCUAGGAGCCCCAUCAAACAGCUAUGCUCACUAUGUUACGACCGAAGAAGAAUACAAUGUUCAGCGCUACGAGGGAGCAUCGACAUUGUAUGGACCCAACGAGCUUGCGGCGUACAUCAAUCUGACUCUGACAUAUCUCCCAUACCUUGGUAGCGCCCGGGAUAUUGGUAAUCUCCCGUCUAUCCCGACCGGCCCCAGUCCCCCGGUCAAUACCAAUAAUUCGCUAAGCUUUAUAACCGGGGUUGUCUAUGAUAAUUCUCCUAUUGGAACUUCUUUUGGCGACGUAAUCUCCAACCCUGUCAAUAAAACUUAUGUGCCUGGAGAUAUAGUUAACACGACAUUCAUUGGUGCUAAUCCCAGAAACGAUCUCCACCAGGAAUCCACCUAUGCCGCCAUCGAAAGACAGGUUCCAAGCUCCGGCGAAUGGGAGGUCGUGCGCGAUGAUCGCGACUGGAAUCUCCUUUUUCUAUGGGAUCGAACCAGUGAAGUCCUCGGGUAUAGCCAUGUUACUAUCCAGUGGAUGAUCGAGGACGACUACUAUAGUGUUGGCAAUCCAAACCCCCUCCAAGCUGGAACUUAUCGCAUGCACUACUACGGAGACUCAAAGAAUGCUUUGGGAAAUAUUUCACCCUUUGAGGGUAUCGGGGGGAACUUCACGGUGGCGUUGUCAUAA